CACUACACAAAAAUUAUGACCGAUCACCGGUCACGUAAUGCCUGUGAUAUAACAGUAAUUAAUUACUAACUAAUUAGCCACCCAAAGUAGAUACGCCCAUAUGUGGUUUUGAAAAGCAGAGAUAUUAUCAAAUUUGAUCGUGAGUGAAAUUAGAAUCAUUGCUAAACAACACACAGGUGUAUAUAUAGGGAAGAGUUUGGGUAUUUCCUCAUAUGGAAAACCUUGUUAAAAUGAGGGCCGCGUCAAAGAUCUUGGUACUCCAAAUGGUUGUCUGUUUGGCUGGUGCUAUCGAAUACCAGUUGAACCUGGACAAGGAUGGUGUCUUCGCCCCAUGCGAGGACCAGCCUGAAAAUCCUGCCAAUUUCGAUAGCCUUCUGGACAUGUCCUCCGUUAAAGUCAACAAUGUGGUGUCCAAAGUUGAAAUUGAAGGAGAACAAGUCAUCAUCUGGAAAGAUGUCCAGCCUGGGGACACAGUUAAGCUGCUUGGGCAAGUUUAUCGUCUGGAUAAGGACACUUGGCAGAAGACAAUGUUUUCCGCCUCCAGCAACAACUUUUGCAAGAACAUGUUUGAAAAGAAUCAGUAUUGGUAUCAGUUUUGGACUGGUCAUAUAAUGAAUGACGAUGAGAUCAAGAGCAAGUGUCUUACCACACCAGGGGCCGUCAUAAAAUAUAAACCUUACGAACUGGAACUGAAGGCCAAUCUGAAUGUUCCCAAUUUGGAGGGGCGCUACAAGCUGGUACUAAAGAUCGAAGCCUUCGAUAAGCGCAAUGUGAAGCGUCCAGUGUCCAUUUGCACGGAGUUCCGCGGCACAGCAGUAAAACUAUAGUCAACGCAAUUAUAUAUGCAUGCUGAAAUUACAGCAAAAGACCAUUAAAGCUAAUAAUCAAGCA